ACAUCAAUAAACAGAACACAAAAAACAUUCUCUUCUAAACUCAUAAAUUGAAAUAUGAGUCCAAAUGUAUUUGAUGUUGCAAACAAUAAGGGUUUGGGCAAGGCAGCUAGUUUGUCUAGCCGUGCCUAUGUGACAUUUUUGGCAGGUAAUGGUGACUACGUAAAAGGUGUUGUUGGUUUAGCUAAAGGGUUAAGAAAGGUGAAAUCUGCUUACCCUCUUGUGGUGGCGGUGUUGCCUGACGUCCCAGACGAACACCGCCACAUACUCAUCAACCAGGGCUGUAUAGUCCGGGAGAUCCAACCCGUUUAUCCUCCUGAGAAUCAGACUCAGUUUGCUAUGGCUUAUUAUAUCAUCAACUACUCUAAACUCCGCAUAUGGGAGUUUGUGGAGUAUAGGAAGAUGAUAUACUUGGAUGGAGAUAUUCAGGUGUUUGAGAACAUAGACCAUUUGUUUGACUUGCCAGAUGGCUAUUUCUAUGCCGUGAUGGACUGUUUCUGUGAGAAGACUUGGAGUCAUAGCCCACAAUACAAAAUUGGGUAUUGCCAACAGUGUCCAGAAAAAGUCCAGUGGCCUGAAGAAGAGUUGGGACCAAAGCCUCGUCUUUAUUUCAAUGCAGGCAUGUUCUUAUUUGAGCCAAGUCUCCCUACUUAUGAUGACCUUUUGAAUACCCUUGAAGUAACCCCUCCUACUUCUUUUGCUGAACAGGACUUAUUGAACAUGUUCUUCAAGGACAUUUACAAGCCAAUUCCAAACAAGUACAACUUAGUUUUAGCCAUGCUGUGGCGUCACCCAGAGAAUGUAGAGGUUGACAAGGUGAAAGUUGUUCAUUACUGUGCAGCAGGAUCUAAACCAUGGAGAUACACAGGAGAGGAAGAGAACAUGGACAGACAAGACAUAAAGAUGCUGGUCAAAAAAUGGAGGGAUAUAUACAAUGAUGAAUCACUAGAUUACAACAAUAUUAAGAAUGUCAAUACUACCAACAAGUUCAUGCGUGGCGCUGUCCGUUACAUAACUGCCCCAUCUGCUGCUUAGCUUGGUGACAGAAGAACCAAAACUGAUGUUUGAUCUGUAUGGGGUAUUAAAGAAAGUUAUAGUACUCUACUAAAUUUAUAGCAGAGAGAUGGAGUUUAUGUAUUUACAUAUAGGAGAACGUGCUAUUUUAAGUUCUCCUUGACAAUUUAUGUUUAUUAUUAUUAUGAAAAUAUAUUGGGAGAAUACAUGAAUGAAAUAUAUGUAUUAUUAGUUUUGUUUUGUUAGUUUCUAUAUCAAAGUUCAAUGUUAAUA